GAGAAAACAACCGGAAGAGCCAGAAAACAUCAGCUGACAUUUGUUUGUUGAGUAGUUUUUUGACAGUUUAAAGGUGGUUGUUUACUCAUAUAAGUACAUUUUUAAAUAAAUACCAUCACAAGUUAGUGAUUAAGUAGCCAUGUUACGACCAAAGGCGUUAACGCAGGUUCUCAGCCAGGCGAACACAAACGGAGUCCAAAGCACACUUUUACUGAACAAUGAAGGUUCACUUCUGGCUUACUCUGGAUAUGGGGACACUGACGCACGAGUGACGGCCGCCAUCGCCAGCAACAUCUGGGCAGCCUACGACAAGAACGGCCACCAAGCCUUCAACGAGGACAAACUCAAAUUCAUACUCAUGGACUGUAUGGAGGGAAGAGUGGCCAUUACUCGUGUAGCCAACCUACUGCUGUGUAUGUACGCCAAAGAGACAGUGGGCUUUGGGAUGCUUAAAGCCAAGGCAGAAGCUCUGGUGCAGUACCUGGAGGAACCAUUAACCCAAGUGGCGGCAUCAUAGUGGAGACGUGACUGAAGCUGUGCCUGCUCCUGUCUGCCUGGGGGAAAAAGCACCAUAUGAUCCAGGUCAUUGAUGGACUACUGUAACAUUCUGUGUACAUGCAUAUAUCUAUGAGUGAGUGAGUGAUUGUGUGCGUAGGAAGGGAGAGUCGGUGUAUUUAUAAUGAUAGUAUUGAAACUAAUGAUUUCUAUGGGUUUUUAAGUGUUUGCCCUCCCUUGUGACUCUGUUCAUCUAAUGGUCUGUAAAUCCAUAUAAUCUGUCAGUGGAAAGUCUGAUUCUACUGCUGAAAUGAAUCCAUUAUCAACUGGUCCCACGGUUGAUUCAUUCAUUUGCAGUUUUAGUUCAGGCAUGCCGAGAACAGUUAAGCAGAAAAUUUAACAUUUUGAAUCCCAUCAGAGGACUAAAAUGCAUAAAAUACAAAGGUUUGUGGUAACCUUCAUGAGAAUUUCUGCCUGAUAAAAUGCAUUAUGAUUACUUGCUACGUUUUUGUUUCAAAGCUGUUAAAUAAACAAUUUUUUGGAAAUAUA